AUGUCGCGCAUACCACCGCAGCGAAAUCUCAACACCCUGUUCAGCGCUCGCUUCGAGCCCUUUCCCAGGCCCGUCAAUUGCACCACGUUUACUGCUACCGAUACCAUUGUCAAAGACGAACGUCACCCUUUGAAUAUUCCCUUCUCACGCCGCCUUGACGAAUGGAAUCCAAAGCGAUUGCACUGGAUCAUCAGGACCCCGCUCUCCAUCUCAAAGAAACGCACCAUACGUUCUUGGGUCACCAGAAGGUUUCGCGACACCCUCAUAGAUGAGUUGAAGAACUCUGGCUUCAACAGGUGGGGUGAACCUCUUGUCCCUUCCAGGCUGAAGUCGCCGCUUACUGGUGCCUUGGCCAUUACUAUUCUCCCACCUGCACUCACUGCUUCGGUACAAGAUGUGCGGCAUAUCUGCAGCUCGAUUCUGCGGAAGAAUGUGUUUUCCCGCCAGAGACCAACACGAUAG